CAGGGGUGGAAUGACAGUUUGGAAACUCGGGCAUUGCCCGAGGGCCCGGGGUCAGUAAGGGGCCCCAUGAGAUGCCCCUGGUACCUUUUUCAUAGGCUUUUUUGAGUUUGGGCAAGGACACAGGGGCCCCAUGAUCCCCUAUUGCCCGGGGGCCCCAUGAGUUGUCAGUCCGCCCCUGGUUGCGGCAAGCAUGCUGAAGAGCAGGCCCAUUGCCCUUUCUGUAGAAGCAGUGGUCUCCUCCAGAUGUGCCACACG